AUGCCUGCUGCAAAGACCCCACGUGAUAUUGAGACUCGUCUCUUCAUCAAUGGAGAGUUUGUCGAGUCAUCAGACAAGAAGACAUUUGAGCUCAAGUCUCCUUCAACUCACCAAGUCGUAGCUGAAGUCCACGAAGCAAGUGAAAGCGACACCAACGCCGCCGUCGCCGCAGCAAAAGCCGCAUUCCCAGCAUGGUCCGAACUCUCCCCCAAAGACCGCGGCCAGUACUUCAAAAAACUUGCCUCGCUCAUCCUCGAGUCACACCAUGAACUAGCAUACCUCGAAGCCAUUUCCAUGGGAAGGCCCGUCAAGGGAUACUUUGAUGCUUUUGCCGCUGCUGACACGUUUAAUUACUAUGCUGAAGCUGGAGCGGUGGUGCUUGGUACGAGUAGUCUGAACAUGCCUGGUCAUUUGAACUUUACGCUUCGACAGCCUUAUGGAGUAGCUGCGGCGAUUAUUCCGUGGAAUGUGCCGGUUUUGUUCCUCGCUCUCAAGGCAGCUCCUGCUCUGAUGGCAGGCAACACCGUGGUUUUGAAGAGCAGCGAAAAGGCACCAUUGACUUCUGCUAAAGUCGCGCAACUUGUUCAAAAGGCUGGCUUCCCACCAGGCGUCUUCAACAUCAUCUCCGGCCACGGCAAAACUUCAGGCGCCAUUCUAUCCAGCCACAUGGAUGUGAGAGUCCUCAGCUUCACUGGAUCAGGUCCGACAGGUCGACUCAUCCAAGCGGCUGCCGCAAAGUCCAACUUGAAGAACGUCAUCUUAGAGCUUGGCGGGAAGUCUCCGGCCAUCAUCUUUGAUGAUGCUGAUCUCGAAAAAGCAGCUGCUGAGACGGCGUACUCCAUCCAAUGGAACAGUGGUCAGGUCUGUAUGGCCAACUCAAGGAUCUACGUCCAUGAGAGUAUUGCAGAGACUUUUAUUGAGUCGUUUAAGACAAAGUUCCAGAUCAUUACUGCUGGAGACCCGACUGAUGAGAAGGUUAACCAUGGGCCUCAAGCUGAUGAGAUCCAAUACAACAAUGUGCGAUCAUAUAUCGAAAUGGGCAAAUCAUCCGGAAAGCGUAUCCUCGGCAUGGAUCACGAGGCUACUCCAGAUGGCUAUCUCAUCCACCCAACAAUCUUCGUCGAGACCCAAGAAGAUGCUCGAAUCAUGAAGGAAGAAAUCUUUGGUCCAGUCGUGAAUAUCAACACCUUCAAGACUGAAGCUGAAGCAAUAAGCAAAGCCAACGAUACAGAGUUUGGUUUGUAUGCGGCUGUGUAUAGUAAGAAUAUUGACAGGGCAAUGCGUGUUGCGAAGAGGUUGGAGGCGGGAACUGUUGGUGUCAACUGUACUAGUCCUACGCAGGCGAAAGAUAUGCCAUUUGGUGGAUAUAAGACGAGUGGUGUUGGUAGGGAGGGUACGACGGUUAGUCUGAAUAACUUCUUGGAAACCAAGACAGUGUUGGUCAAAUUGGAAGAGUUUUAG